GACAGUUCGAAAGGGUUAUUUUGGUUUUUUGCUAGUUGUCGUUUGUAUUAUAUAUUAAGUUGUUUAAAUAAAGUAUUUUACUAUGAAUAAAACCAAUUGGAAUCUAAAUAGAAUUUCGUAUCUAGUCUUGACAACUUAAUAAUGUAAUAAGAAAACUAAAAUUCUGUUAAGAGGUUUUAUUUAUACAUUCAGGAUGCCAACCUUCCUGACACCUGGCCGGCAUGGCUACAGUGUAAGAUUUUCUCGAACGAACCCCGAUACCCUGGCAGUAGCCACAAGCCAGUAUUAUGGUUUAGCUGGUGGUGGAACACUGUUCUUUUUGGAACUAACACAAGAUGGAAGCAAUCUCGUUGAGUUACAGAAGAUUGAAUGGAGCGAUGGCCUCUUUGAUGUGUCGUGGUCGGGGUGCACGGAGGGCUUCGCUUCGUGCGGGGCGGGCGACGGAGCGGUGCUCGUUUGCCGGGCCGGGUGCUCCGCCCCCCUCAGAGUGUUGAGAGGCCACCGAGGGGAGGUGUGCUCCGUGGAUUGGCCCGGGAGACAGCUCUUGAGCGCCAGCUGGGACACUACCGUCAAAUUGUGGGACCCCGAGUCCGAGGCGUGUAUCAGUACGUUCUCGGGUCACUCUCAGCUGGUGUACUCGGCGUCCUUCUCCCCUCACUCCCCGGGGACCUUCGCUUCCGUGUCCGGGGACGGUCACCUCAAGCUGUGGUCGUGUUCGGAGCAACGCCCUAUAGCCGUCAUCAAAGCACACGAUGCUGAGGUGCUGUCGUGUGAUUGGAGCGGGGCGGAGAGUCGUCUGGUGGCGAGCGCCGGCUCCGACGGGUUGGUGAAGGGCUGGGACCUCCGGAGCCUCGCCGCUCCCGUCUUCACACUCAGAGGUUGUGAACGCGCCGUUCGUCGCGUGCAGUUUUGUCCGCACGCGCCGGCCGUGCUCGCCGCCGUCUCCUACGACUUCACCACCAGGAUCUGGGACCUAAAGCUGGGUUGGUCUCCGUUGGAGACUAUCCGUCACAGGUCGGAGUUCACGUUCGGUCUAGACUGGAGCGCGCUCCGGCCUCGCUCGUUGGCAGACUGCGGCUGGGACUCCCUGGUGCACGUGUUCGUUCCUAGAACACUCAUGUGACGGCCCACGCUAUAGACGCCGUCGGUUAGAUAACAUUUAUAUAUUAACUCAACACCUCUCGAUACUAAUUCUUAUAUACAUAUAUAUUAUUUUUUUUGGGUUAUGACCCAUAAUGAGUUGUAAAAGAAAAUAAUGUUCAAUAUUUACAGAUAUAUCUAUAAUUUCCACAAGUACUCACAUAUUGAUUCCAAGCUCUGGUUGAAGGAAUAAAAAAAAUAAUUUUUAUCCACCGGUUCCAUCUAAAUCAUUAUUCAGCUCCCCGUCCCAGGGUCUGCACAUUCCUUGUCAGGGGCUCCUUGACGUUAGCUGUUCGCGGGGACGGGUGUCGUUGGGCACGCGUUUACUUCACAUAGUACUUUAAUAAUGAUCAAUCGAUUUUACUAAUUUGUAAGUUUUAUAUAGUUAUAAACAAUAUUUUUAUUUCGUUACGACGUCUUCUGAUUUCCUGUAAAUGUGUAAUAUGUUCAGACUGUUCUUUAUUAGUUAUUUUAAUCAUUUGUUCUGAGUCCGUCGUUUCGUUAUAGUUCUUAUGGCUCUGUAUAUAAAGUUUGAAUUUCUUUGUACAUAUAAUACUUCCUAUACUCCAGUAUGUAUUGUAAUGAUGGUGCGCUGUACAUAGUAUGUUAACAUUAUAUAUCAAAGGGUCGGAUUGUUUUAGUUGUAAGCGGAGCUUCAUAGCUUUUAUAUAUUAUAUGUAUAUAGGUCACUGGACAUGUCCCGUGGAGUAAUCUUUUUGUGGGUCAGCUGUGUAGUGAUGUCAUAUAUAAUGUAAAUCACACAAUACUCUAUCGAUGUUAUUUUAUCCAAGUGUACAUUUUUGAUCAAUCAAUAAUUCCAAUAUGUAAAAAGCCAGUAUAGAGUGGCCUCAACCGCGCAACGUCUCUCCGUUUUUAUUGAAUAAAAUAAUAUGAUAUAA